AUGAUCGGUGCUAGUAUCCUACUUUUCAUCUAUGAGAUGCGUGUGCCGUCUGAGGAUCACGGGGGGUGGGCAAGCCAUUGCGACGGUGUUGCAGCGUUGAUGAAGGAGAUGGGAGCACAGAGCUUCACCCAUGGGUUUGCGCGCUCUUGCUAUAUUUUCUUUCGCGGGUUCCUGAUUGCCUACGCCUUCCACAAAGAACAGCCGUGUUUUCUCGAGGAAGACCAGUGGCAGCAACUAGCAGAAAAGGUUAGGGCGGAGGAUUCACAGAAGCCCGGGUUAAGUAGAAUGUUUGCGGAUGUCACGGAGCGCAUCGUCAUGGAGCUCGUUAAGUGUCCGAGAUAUGUUCAUGACGCACAGUUACACCAGAGCACCCAGAACUCUCAACAAGCCCUGGUAUUAUAUUCUCGGAUUCUCUGUACGAAGAACAACCUGGGAUUUCUUGUAACCCAGCUCAAGGAUCUCAUCAGUAUCUAUCAGCCGGAGAACACUGCAAGCGCACCGGAAUUCCUCCUGAAUGGGGCAGUGGAUGCCAUUAAUCUCUUGAAUACUCUAGUCCAAAAACUUAUAAUGGACCCCAUUCCGCCCAUACGUCUUUAUUCCUCGCUGGCGCGGCUUCUCGAUAACAAGUAUAUCGUGCAGGACGCUCGUUGUCUCGACCGAUUGGGUUGUUCAAUGGGAAUAUCGGGGACUAGACUUGAUUGA